CGGGGCUCAAGCAAUAUAGGCUUGCGAUCUUUGUGUUUAUCGAUGGUGCUUACAGUGCUUCAAUCUGUAACUUGCGCAAAGGCAGGUUGCUGCGUGUUCCAGGACUACACUCUGCGAAAUUUCCCACAGCAGUCGGGAAGGAGGAUCGGGCUUAUCGCUGCAGUGGUUUAUAAUUUUUAUAUUCAUUAUUACGGCAACAUCGUGCUUAUCUGUAUUUAAAUCUGGGAUCGCUGCCGUCAAUCUGUCCUUUCAUUAACCACUGCAAUCAAUAAUACUUUCGUUCGUGUCUUCAAAGCAUUGGAAGUCGCUCGCAUUUGACGACGGAGUUACGCCCGUCGGCCUCUCUACUCUUGGGCCAUCAUUGUGGUUGUUUAUUUUCAACGAUUUCCCUUUUGCCGGCCUAGACGCCCUCCAAGUUAUUUGAGGUUUCUAGCACAUCACAAUGGGCAUCGAGAUCCGCCCCAUCCAACCCGAGGACAUCCCGUCUGUGGUGGAAUGCAUCCAGCUCGCAUUCGCCGAUGACCCGUACCAUCAAUGGGCAUUCGACACACGACCGGGCCAGUUCAACAAAGAGCGCAAUUUCGCCAGUCUCAAGGCGAAAUGCGAAUGGGGGAUGCGCAACGCUCUGUUCUACGUGGCCAAGGACACGGAAGAUGCCAACGGCCCGGUGUUGGGGGUGAGUAUGUGGAUGAAACCAAGGAGGGCGGAUGAGAAGCAAACGUGGACCGAAUGGCUGGACGACUACGUCUUGUGGAUCAAACAAGGUUGGAAUCUGGUCCGGUUCCGGGGCCGCGGAGGGCUCAACACGAAACGGUACUGGAUCUGGAAGCGCGAGCAGGCCGUGGCACAGUCGGAAAUCUGGACCGAUCCCAACGGAUAUUAUUUUUGCAACAUUGUCACCGUGAGGCCCGGUCUUCAGGGUAGAGGAAUCGGUCGGCAGUUGUUUGAGGUGGUGACGAAAAUGGCCGAUGAAGAAGGGAGAAGGUGUUAUCUGGAAAGCUCAAAGGAGGUGCCCAACAUUGCCAUCUACGAAAAGAUGGGGUUUAGGCUCGCGCGCAAAAUGGUCUGUGAGGAUGAUGGUGAUGUCUGUGACCUCUUUUGCAUGGUCAGAGAUCCUCAGCCGACCGACACAAAGCCUUAGUACGCAAAGAACGGUUGGUGGUUAUUGGACAUUGAUACCUCACUGUCCGUGGACAUCGAGGCAAGUGAGGUAACUGGCCUGCUGCUGGCAAGAAGUCGCCCGGGGUAUCUGAUCGUGUCUCCGUGUGAACGUCGCAACUGGCUUUUGGGACGACUGUGGCGUGUCGAUGCGGCCUCGCUUCCUCCCAUCCUUUCAGCUUUCAUAGGAAGGUGACAUACCUGAGGUGCUUGACGUGUCUAUCGAGGCGUCGACGGAUGCAUGGGAGCUUGUUCCCAGACGGUACUCAGGUUCUCGCCGGAUCUGUCUCGGAGAGAUACAGAGAAUGUGUUCCGGGCCGGGCGCUGCUGCGUCUUCAUAAGGGAUUUUGGCUCAGCAUUGCGGGG